AUGAGUUCUCAACCAUACGAGUGGGAAUUGAACCCAUGGUAUUUCAUGUACCAACCAGUUUCAUACAGACUUGAAGGAAGAAUGGGAACAAGAAAUCAGCUCCGAAACAUGAUCAACAAAUGCAGAUCAUAUGGUUUAAGAGUCUAUGGUGAUGCAGUUAUUAACCAUAUGACAGGAAAUGGUAAUGAUUUGUCCAACCACAGAAAUCCAAAUGCAAAUUGCGUUACAUGGGGCAACAAGACAUCAUCUGCAUUUGAAAAUGGAUCUCCAUUCUAUACACCAGCAUAUACAUAUGAAGUUAAUCCAAAUACAGGAAAAGGAACAAACGUAUUAGAAUUCCCAGGUGUUCCUUAUGGACCAGAAGACUUCCACUGCGACAAACCAUGCGAUUCAUGGGCUGAUCCAAACAUCCUUUCAUCAGGAUGGCUCGUUGGAUUAUCUGAUUUAGAUACAUCCAAGGAAUACGUCAGACAAAGAAUCGCUGACUUCAUGGUUGACAUGAUUUCAAUUGGUUUCAGCGGUUAUAGAAUUGAUGCGGCCAAACAUAUUCAUCCGGACGAUUUAGCUGCCAUUUUCAGAAAAGUUAAGGAAAGCUUAGGUGGUAAAUUACCUGAUGACUUCAUUACAUGGUUAGAAGUCUUAACAGGUGGAGAAGCUCCUCUCUUGGUCGAAUUGGACAGUGAUUAUUCUUUCACAAAAGGUUUGACAAAAAAAUUGAAAGAAAACGGUUUGACAGAGGAUGAAAUUCUCAAGAUCAAGAUUUGGUGGUGCGAUUAUCCAAAUCAUCCAGACUCUGAUAGAGGUGCAUUAGACAACAGAAGAAAAGUCAUCCAGAACGAUGAUCAUGACCAACAAAAUGAUGGAUCAUCAAGUAGAAACAUGUAUAAUGAUGGAUGCGUUCUUGCAAGAGGAUGUGAUGCAAAUAGCCACAGAAACUAUGAAAUAAGACUCUUUAAGUAUCCAAAUGGUGUUUACAAUAACAAGGAUGACUUCCCAAUUAGAUGCAUCCUUUCUUCCUAUUACUUCAUGAAUAAUGGAGCUAAAGGAAUUCCUGAUGGAAAAUCUUCUUGCAGUUUGUGCACAAAGGACUGCAAUGGUUGUAAGGAUAGACCAUAUGUAAAGGCUUAUGAUCCAAACGCUAGAGCUUAUCCUGGCGGUAUCGGUUAUACUUAUGUUCAUCGUGAUUCUCAAAUCAUUGAUGCAAUGAACUAUUGGAUGAACUUAUAA